GGCGGGCCGUGCGCAGCACGUGGCGGUAGCGUUAUUAGGCGCCGCGUUGAGGCGCGCCAUUGUUCUCCAGCGUGGGGCUGCGGAGGGGAGGCUCGGGAGCGCGCAGCAUGAGCCAGGAGGACUGGGAUGCGGAGAUCGGCGACAGCGGGGCGCCCGUCCUCCCGCCCUUCGAGGAGCUGGAAAUGGGCUUCUCUGGAAGACCAGAUAGCCUCUUGUCUGACUGCAGUCAAAGUAUAACCUCGUUAGGUGCUGGUGAAGGACCUAACAAAAGUCAGCACAUGCAGGAUGUUUUUGGAGUUGGAGGAUGUUUUAGGAGUAAAGACACCAAUGAAUCUCUGAACAGAGAGGAUCAGCCAGUGAGAUUUGGUAGCGGAAGAAGUUUUGGAAACAGAGAUCUCAGAUUUGUUAUUGACUCAGUACUGGGCUUUGUUAGGAUACAGUCUAGGAUAACUCCAAGAAUUGUAUGA